GUAAAAAUGUCAGCGUCCAAGAAGUAUUAUAAAUUGUGAUUAUUUAAGGUUUUAACAGUAAUUCAUUGUCCUCAUUGUGUUGUAGUGUUAUUUAAUGUUAGUGAAGUGACACAGUGAAAAUGUAUAAAGCAUUGUAUAGCUUUACAGCCAAUGACUCACGAAGUCUGAGUUUUCAAGAAGGAGAGAAAUUUGUUUUGCUCGACUCCUCAAAUCCGCACUGGUGGCAGGUUCAGAACUGUCACGGAAAGAGAGGUUAUGUUCCAGCGAAAUAUGUUACAAAGGACGAGGCACCCAGCGACGAGGUGUUGCUGUCGAUAGACCGGGCCAUUGAAGCAAUUCAUCUGUCUGCCAUGGCUACUAGCGGGAAAUACACGGAAGUACAGCGUCAGAAUCUAGAACUGGCGGAGAAGAAGGAGACGGAUAAGAGCCAGGAUGCUAAGCGACUUCGCGUCAUCUUCUCUGAGCUCGCUGGAUGCAAGGAUGACUCGCAGCAGCGCAGCUGGGCCCUGCACGAAGACCAGAGCAUCAUCAUGGAAUACCUCGAAGAACUCUUCUCCAUUCUGGAAACGAGAGUUCCGAUUCGUGUGCUACUGCUGCAAGUGUUUGGCGCCCUCUGCGGGUUGGAAAAGCAAAUUAUCUCGAUUCUACUGAAUUCUGUGCUUCCACUUGAACUCGUGCGAGACAUGCAGUCAAACACAACAGAUGCUAGGAGAAUGUGUUACUCGGCAAUGGUGCUGACAAUGAUACUGUCGAUGGGAGAACCACUGCCAGUCCAUCAUUAUGAGCAUCUCAACGAGGGCUUCGUGAUGUUUCUCCUCGACGCGAUCGAGUCGCCUCCUCCGAUCGACGAGGACGAGCAGAUUCCCGACCUCUUUGUUAACAUCGUGCUCGCCUUCACCUCCUUCCUGUUGCCCGGGGACAGCAUUGUGAUGCGCGUGCUCGCGGCCGCGGACGCGAAGAUCUACACCGAGAAAGUGAUGCUGCUAGUCAACAGGGGAGACGACCCGGUGCGGAUGUUUGAGCACGAGCCGAAGCCGCCCAACUCUGUGCUGAAAUUCCUAGCGGACGUCUACUCGAGUGAGAAAACAUCCGACCUGCUCUACACGAACGACGCCAUGGUCCUCAUCGAUAUCAUUGUACGCCACCUGUCCGACCUCGCGCCCGGCGACAAGCUGCGCACGGAGUAUCUGUCGCUGAUCUACAGCGUGAUCAAGUACUCGCGCUAUGAGGAGCACCAGCACCGGCGGGCGGAGCUCCACCGCUGCUUCACGCGGAUCUACAGCGAGCAGGACGUUGACAACGAGGGCGACCGCUACAUCAUCAAGUCCAUCUGGAUCGACUUUCCGCGAUGUUUCUCCGGGCCGGACGGCGGCGGGGCCGAGCCGCGAUGCGUUGCCGGGGGCGAGGAGCAGCUGGGGGGACGCUGA